AAUUUUCACACCUAAAACUCAAAUUCUGCAGUCUCGUGUUCUCAUUUUCGUCGUUAUUGCAAGUCUUUGUAUCUGAAAAUCUUUUCUAGCUUCCGGGCGAAGAAGAGAACAGUUUAAUUGCAGAAAAUGGUGGUGAAGAAGUUCUCUGUCCGCCACAAUGGAUCCACCUUCGACGUCGACUGCGACACCGAAGACGGCUUCGAAGUCUUCAAAUUCCAACUCUUCUCUCUUACAUCCAUUCCACCUGAUCAACAAAAGAUAGUGGGAGUUGGUGAUGGUCAAGCUGUACCAGCAGAAGCAGAUUUGGCAUCCAUUUCAGAAAAGCUCCAAUUGGUAUCGAUUGAGGACGGAAAACAAACGGAGAAAGAAAGGACAGGGCUUGAGUUUGCUAUAUCCGAUGAAGAAUUAGCUCGGAUUUUGCAGGACGAGGAAGAUGCGCUUAUGGUGCAGCAAGCAGUUAACAGUAAAAACAGUGCAGAAUUUGAGCAAAAGAUACGGCCUUACAUUGACCAAGUUCUACUGUAUGAGGACCCACGGAAGAAGGAAGCUGCUCGUAAGUCAGUACCUACUGAGAAUCUCAAGGAGAAAGCAUUAAUUUCAUUGGCCAGGGAGGGAAACUUUGAACCAACAAAAAAUGAACAAGAGCAUGCUUUCCUGCUGCAGCUUCUAUUCUGGUUCAAAAAAUCAUUCAAGUGGGUAAAUGCGCCUCCUUGUGAUAGUUGCGGUAAUGAAACUAGCAAUAAGGGCAUGGGCACUGCAUACCCUUCAGAACUGCAAUUUGGUGCUUCACGAGUUGAACUUUACCAAUGCCAUUCUUGCUCAAAUGUGACCCGAUUUCCUCGAUACAAUGACCCGAUGAAGCUCCUAGAAACAAGGAAGGGGCGAUGCGGAGAGUGGGCCAAUUGUUUCACACUCUAUUGCCGAGCUUUUGGUUACGAAUCACGCUUGAUUUUGGACUUUACAGAUCAUGUAUGGACAGAGUGCUUCUCACAAUCCAUGGGAAGAUGGAUGCAUCUUGAUCCAUGCGAUGGAAUUUAUGACAAUCCAUUACUGUAUGAAAAAGGGUGGAAAAAGAAAUUAAACUAUGUGAUAGCUAUUGCCAAAGAUGGAGUUUAUGAUGUUACUAAGCGUUACACAAGGAAGUGGCUUGAGGUUCUCUCUCGGAGGAACAUAGUUACAGAACCUCUACUCUCUACUUGCAUUCGUAACAUAACUACGGAAAUGCGGAAAGGUUUAUCCUUCGAAGUGCUCUCUGUUUUGGAAGAACGUGAUAGGCGUGAAGCAGAAACCAUCGAGAGAGAUUUAUUAAACUCUAAAGAUGAUUCUACAAUAUCCUUACCCGGAAGAUUAAGUGGGGACAAAGAAUGGCGUAUAUCGAGAUCUGAAGCUGGUUCUGAUGAAAAUUCAUCCUUAAGCUCUUCAUCUUGUCCAGUUCGUAGAUGUGUAGAUGUACAUGUUACUAAGGUGUACAAUGCAUUCUCUCCAAUUUUCUCUAAGCUAGUUGAGGACUUUGCCUCUAAAAGUGAGGCUAUUGAAGUAUUUGGGGUUUUCAGAAAGAUAUUAGUUGAUCUCAAGAAUUCCCCUUUCAGAAACAGAAGAACUUCUUUAAAUUCUGCUUCAGAUAGUACCCGAAAUUUUGUCAAUAAGAUGCUUCCGUCUUUUGGUCAAUUACUUGAAGCUUUAUCAUUGAAGAGUGGUUUAGGCAUAAGCGGAAGGAUAGACAUAUUUUUAGCUGCCGAUCCUGUGAGGACGUCAAUUGCACUGCCCGUCGUAUUUCAUGCUUUGGAUGAUGUGAUCUAUAAUGUUAGUAUGUGUAACAAACUUGAUAAAGAUUCACUUGUGUGGCCACUUUUGAAGUUAAACCGGCUAUGUUCUGGUUUAGUGCGUGCUAGUGGGGAGGAGCUACCUUUUGGAAUUGUCUCAUCUGCAUUUGAUGGAACACGCUUGUCAAAGUGGGAAGAACCGAAUGGGGCAACAAGUUGUUGGAUUGUAUAUCAAGUUAAUGGAGAACAAAAGCACGAGCUUAUGGCUUAUGAGUUCAUGUCGGCUAAUGAUGCUCCAGAAAGAGAUCCAAGGGACUGGAUUCUUGAAGGAAGCGCAAAUGGAGGUUCUAGUUGGCAUGUUUUGGACAAACAAACAUCUCAGAUAUUUAACAAGCGUUUUGAGCGAAAAGUAUUUACUGUCAAACCACAAAGUUUCCUGGCAAAUGCUUUCAGGAUAAGAUUCCUAGCAGUUCGAGAUGGGAAGGCAACCCCACGGUUUCAAAUUGGCAGUAUUGAUCUCUAUGCUAGAUGCAAUUAAUAUUUCAAGUUAAAAUUGACUAAGCACAGCAUUAUCAUGCUUUUGUUUUCACGAAAUAUUAUCAUGCGUUAUUAUGCAUUAAUUGAACUCGAGCAUUGAGAGUCCUGCAUUGGGGUAUUAGAGUGAGACAGAUGUGUUUUCAAAAUCCUGGGUCCAACUAGCUAAGGGAUUGAAUUUAAGGAAAAUUCCUGAAAUAAGAGUGAAAAUGUUUUGGAAUUUCAAAAAAAGACUCAUGUUUUUAUUCCCUAAAUAAGAGUAAUUACUAUCAAACUUGGAAAGUAUUGUCAUGCUUUAAGUCCGGUAAUGCCAAAACAUUACAGUAAUUACUCCUUAUUAGUAAAUGUAACAUGAUAGUCCUAUUUUGGAAUUCACAAAAGUUGUUACUCCUAUUUAGGGUAAUUUCUUUUGAAACCAUCUUCCAAUGUGAUUGGGUCCAUUUGACUUAUGACUCAGUUUAGUGUACUCAAACUAAAGCUUUAUGAUUUUUAUCUAGCAUAUAUGUUGUGUCUAGCAACACUCUUUC